CCCGCCGCCGCUCUGGACGCUUGGGGGGCCGCCUCCUCCCCCGGCUGGCCGGCGCCGGGUGCUCCAAUGAGAGCGGCUGCCUCUCUCUGCCUCGCGGAGCCAGGCGGCGCCGGCCGGAGCCCGAGUCCGGGCCCUGCGUGCGCGAGUCCGGCAGCAGACGAGGAUGAUGCCGGCUCUGGCCGCCCAGAGGCGGGGAUGGCGCUGUCUCAGCCGGCUGUACCUUCGGUGCCCGGCGGCGCAGCUCAGCCGGGUCUGCCAUGGAUGGCAAGGCUCAAUGAAAUGUGGAAGUCUGUCUCACAUACUGCCAUGCAGUCGUCUACCAGUCCAGUCACUGAGUCAAGUGAGAGUUUACACCUCUGAUGGUCAGAAAAAAGGCCCUGUACCAGGCCCUGAAGGAGCUGUACACAAAGCUGGAACAGCACGGGAUACUGGCAGUGCAGCCCAAAAACCACUUAUAUUGCAAGAGCCAAUCCAAGUAAAAGUUAAAGCAGUUCUUAAAAAGAGAGAGUAUGGACCAAAAUACACACAAAAUAAUUUCAUCACUGGUGUCAGAGCAAUAAAUGAGUUCUGUCUUAAAUCCAGUGAUCUAGAACAGCUGAGGAAAAUCAGACGACGAAGUCCCCAUGAGGAUACUGAGGCUUUCACUGUAUUUUUGAGAUCAGAUGUAGAGGCAAAAUCUCUAGAAGUUUGGGGAAGCCCGGAGGCUCUUGCCAGAGAGCGAAAACGGCGUAAAGAAGCAGAGAUAGAAUACAGAGAAAAUCUGUUUAGAAACCAAAAGUUGUUAAAGGAGUACAAAGAUUUUCUUGGGGAUACUAAGCCACGCUCCAGCACAGCCGGUAUGUUGCUCAAAGGACCAGGAAAGGUGGUGAUGGUUGCUAUUUGCAUAAAUGGGUUGAAUUUUUUCUUUAAACUACUCGCUUGGGUUUACACGGGUUCUGCAAGCAUGUUUUCAGAAGCUAUACAUUCUUUAGCAGACACUUGCAACCAGGCUUUGCUAGCAUUGGGCAUCAGUCAGUCUGCAAGGACACCAGACCCUAGUCAUCCGUAUGGCUUCACAAAUAUGCGCUAUAUUGCCUCCCUCAUUAGUGGGGUUGGCAUUUUCAUGAUGGGUGCAGGACUUUCCUGGUAUCAUGGAAUCAUGGGUUUACUUCAUCCUCAGCCCAUGGAAUCUCUUCUUUGGGCUUAUUGUAUCUUAGCAGGAUCACUGGUGUCUGAAGGAGCUACCCUUCUUGUUGCUAUAAAUGAAAUUCGAAGGAGUGCCCGGGCCAAGGGUCUGUCAUUUUAUCAAUAUGUCAGGCUCAGUCGUGAUCCCAGUACAAAUGUGGUGUUGUUGGAGGAUGCUGCAGCAGUUUUGGGUGUGACGUUAGCUGCUACUUGCAUGGGUCUGACUUCUUUGACAGGCAACCCUUACUAUGACAGUCUGGGAUCUCUAGGUGUGGGAACUUUGUUGGGAGCUGUAUCAGCUUUUCUUAUCUACACCAACACAGAAGCAUUGCUGGGACGAUCCAUUAAUCCUGAGCAAUUACAGCGACUUACUGAGUUACUGGAGAGUGACCCCGUCGUUAGAGCAAUUCAUGAUGUUAAAGCCACAGACAUGGGAUUGAGCAAAGUGAGAUUCAAGGCAGAAGUAGACUUUGAUGGACGGGUUGUGACUCGUUCUUACCUGGAAAAGCAAGACAUUGAACAGCUGCUACAAGAAAUUCAGCAGGUGAAAACUCUUGAGGAAUUGGAAGCCUUCAUGCUUAAACAUGGAGAGAACGUCAUUGACACACUGGGAGCUGAAGUAGACCGGCUUGAAAAGGAGCUAAAGCAACGCAAUCCUGAUGUUCGACAUGUAGAUUUGGAAAUAUUGUAGAUUUGACAGAGAAAUCCGUGGAGUACUCUCUUUUGGAAAAAAGUCUGCACAGCGAUGGAACAGCUAUUGAAACGGCAGUCACUUCAAUUCCGUACCUCAUUUACUUCAUGCUGUAGGCUUCCUGAACUGUUGUUACUGAAUCAGUUUCCAGAACAGCUUUAGACUCGGAGUCAACAACUUUGUAUAGAAGAUCAGUUCAACAAAAGCUACUUAACAUAAUUUCUAUAUGAGACUGUUGGAGGUGAAUUUAUUUGGGAAUUGGAACUUAAAUCUUUUAGUUUCUAUAAGGCAAACGUUAAUGCCUGAAAAUACACAGAAGAUAGUUUUCCCAUUUCAGUUUUUUGUCAACUUGCACAUCAGUUUGCACUCAUUUAACUACUUCCUUCUAGAAGCCAUUGGAGGUAUUUGCAAGAUACAGAUGUUUUAAUGCUAGAAACAGGCUUUGUUUCAUUUGUUCUACCUGUCAAUCUUGAACCAGUUGUUAUAUUCUAGCUAUAUGGUAUCUUUUUUUUCCCUCUGAGAUCAGUCCCUCGAAAAAACCCAGUCCUUUUCUCGAGUGUCAUGAUUUGGAAAAUUGCUUCUGCCAGGGUUGCAAUUAUUGAUGUAACCUCAGAGGGUCAGAUCAGUCUCUUGGAUGCAGUUGGCUUUGGACUUGGCCUAGAGUACGUUGAGUUACUGCGCAGGAUGUAGAAACCUCAACAAACAAAUUUGGCCUAUGCCUUGUGUUUAGGUUUUUUUUCUCUUCAGAUUUUUACCCACCCAUACGCCUUUUUGUUGCUUUAACUUGCUAACGUUGGAGGAUAUAACAUGGGGAACGAUUUAUUUAGUAGUUUUCUGUUUUUCUUUUGGCUUUUUAUAUUUUUAAGAAGCAACAUUCUGUGAAUGAUCUUUGCUAGCAAAAGCAAGAGGUGUGUAGAAGUUUUAACACAUUCUAGAAAUAUUUAUAAUUAGAUGUGAAGAUGAUACUAAUUUAUUUACACAGGCACUACUUGUAUGAAUCUGAAUUGUAGAUAGCUUUUUGGUUUUUUUCAGAAAAACCUCUUUGUGUGGGGGAAGUAAAACAAUUGUGCUGAAAUAUGUGUCAUGGCUGUCAGUAAUCCCAAAACUGAGUGCAUAGAGUUUACGUGUUUGAAAUGCACAAUUCUACUGUUUUACAAAAUGAGUUUCUAGAAUAAGGCUUUCUGCAAUGGGUAUCCAAGUCAUAGCAGACUCUGUAAGAAAUAAUCUCUUAAUAAAGGCUGAGUACAAAUCAUGCAAAUCUAGUAAUUGAAAUAUUAAUGGAAUAAUUACCGAUAAAUCUUUCUCCAAGAAAAACCCUUUAUGCACUUUAAAACGUUUCAGUAACAUGAAAAUUGCUCAUGGGAGAGAGGUGGCAAUAAGAGUAUCCCGAUGAUUCUGCUGCUGAGUAGUCUAGUGACUGACAUACGACAGAAUUGUUGAUUGGGAGCACAAGUCAUCAAAAUCAAUUUGUUAUGAUUAAAUCCUAUGCAUUGCAGCAAAUAAUGGUGGAUACCAAAAUGUCAGGAAUUGAUUGAUUAAAUGCUUUGUAGUAGUAUUUUUUUAAAAUGUAAAAUGUCAUUUGCCAGUGAAUUAUGAGAAUUUAAAAUAGCAUGCCUUUUGACAAUCACAAAACACUGCAUGCUGUGCAUUUUAAAUAAAAUGACAUUCCAAAGUUUAGUUUUUAGAGAUGAGGCUUUAUGUACUGUAAUGUGUGUAGUGGAUGACUUUGUUACGUAAUUGGGACUGAAGGGUCUGUUAGUACCCUUGCCUAUAAUUCCUAUUCUUCCUCUUCUCAUCAGUAAUUUGUUUAUAACCUAUUAGUGCUUAAUCUAAGGGAAGACUUGAUUUUUAUCUGGCUGUCUCCCACUGUAGUACUAAUUAGAUUUGUAGUAUGCCCUUAAGACUGAUAAUUAGAAAUGUGUUUAAUAAAAAGUGAUAUUUUUAAAGUUAA